AUGGUCGACAAGCGUCUGCGUGUUCUCGAUCAAAAUCCUGAGAUCGACUACUUUCGCACCGGCCUGGAGCAUGCCAAUCGUGAAGGCCUAGAAAAGGCUCGUCGUGGAAAGGCUGUCAGUACCGAUACUGGUCCCUCUGGCUACGAUACACGAAUCCCGGCCGAUCCUAGAGUCUCGACUCUUACAGCUCCUGCUGCAACCAUCGACAGCAGUCUCAUGAGCAGUGCACCAAGCCUUCCCGACCUACCAAAGAAGUUAAUCGAGGCCCGUCAUGAGUUGGAGCUAUCCCACAAAAUCACCGACUCGAAGACAUCGCAAGCUAGUGCUCCUGCCCAGCCACUUGAGUCUACUUUUCUCUCUCACCGAGCCACUGCCUCCGAGAAGGACGUAUCGCAAUCGUGA